AUGAGUAAGAAAGGAAGAGGCCGCGUUAAGAGGAAGGAGGUGCAGAGUGAGGAUGGGUGGACUGUCAUUACCCAUGGCUUGGCGAGUAUUUCGCUUGAUGGGAAAGGGAAGAAGGAGGCGGAUGCUGGGUCCUUGCCUACGAGGAUAGUAGAGGGUUUGACGGCAGAAAAAUUAUCGGACGAUUUCCGCCUGCUUCAAGAGCGGUGGGAAGAUACGCUGCUUGCGAAGCAAGUCAAAGAGAUUGUGGAGAAGAAAAGCGCUGAUGGCAAAGGGGAUGUUGAAGAAGCGGUAUGCAUUGGCAUCGGCAGUUUCAGUCGAGACUGGGCGCAUCGGUGGAGGAGUCUCUGGCAGCUUGUACUGUUUGUCGAUGCAGUCAACCGGCUCAAAGACGAAAUCAAGGACACCAAGAUACAAUGUUUCGCCCAAGACCCAGCAUUCACAACCCUCGACAUCGAAUUUCUAUCGUACCUCUCCAUCACGGUCCUCGACUCCGAUCUCCAGGCCCACAUCACGUCCAAAUCCUUCGUCUACUCGCCAUUUGUGGAUUGGUAUCUUCUCCUACCGACUUUCCUCAAAUCGAAAGACCCGGUGUUGUAUGUAGGCAACGAGAUCCUGGACGACUACAGUGUGUAUGCGCAAACGAAGGAGAAGAAAGAGCGAUUGGAGGAGUGCAAUGAGGUGGGCAAGAAGUGGAUAAAAGGCAGGGAAAAGGUGGCGCUAAGAGAGUUUGAGAAGCAUGGGAAUGCGCUGAAUGGGAUGGUGGUUUAUAUGAGGGAGAGUGAUGAGGACGCGGAGGGAGAGGAAGAUACUGAGGCGAGGCCUAAGAAAGCUCAUGAUAAAGAGAAGACUCCCACGGAAGACACCUAG